CUUCUAAUCGCAAAAUACAAUACCUGCUUCCAAUACAUCGAAUUGUUGUCAAUCAUUCUUUCGAAGUCGGGCUCACUCACUGCAUCUGGUCACAACAAAAAUGGAGUCUGUCCAUCAUGUAUCAACCUCUUCCAAAGUCCUUCUCAAGAAGGCGCGCAAGAUGGUGCCGCCCAUGCUGGAGCAAUUCCACAAAGGACAGCAUGGACGCGUUGCAGUCAUUGGGGGCUCUUUAGAUUACACAGGCGCGCCGUACUUCUCCUCAAUGGCAUCGGCCAGACUAGGAUGCGAUAUGAGCCACGUUAUUUGCGAUAAAUCGGCAGCCACCGUCAUCAAAACCUACUCUCCAAACCUGAUGGUUCACCCUAUUCUGGCAAGCAGCGCCUCGGUCAAGGACCCCGAGUCCAUCGAUGCCCCAUCCCUCGCUAGCCCGAUCAUCAACAUGCUUUCGCGGCUGCAUUGCCUGGUGAUCGGACCCGGCCUGGGUCGCGACGGGGUCACCCUCAAGGUGGUGACGGAGGUGAUGAAAGAAGCGCGGUCCCGCUCGAUUCCCUUUGUCCUCGACGCCGACGGGCUCCUCCUCGUGACCGAGGAUCCGGAUCUGGUGCGCGGGUACAAAGAGUGCAUUCUGACGCCCAACGUGAACGAGUUCAGCCGCCUGGCCAAAGCGCUGGGGAUCGACGUGCCGAGUCUCGCGGAAAUCAACUCCAAGUCGGACGGCGCGGACCGGACGAGCGAGGAAUCCAAGGCUUGUGAGCAGUUGUCCAAUGCGCUGGGUGGUGUCACCAUCAUCCAGAAGGGUCCCCAUGAUGUGAUUUCGAACGGGAUCACGACGCUCAUCUCCGAUAUUCAGGGAGGCCUGAAGCGCAGCGGGGGCCAAGGCGAUACGUUGACGGGCUCCUUGGGCACGCUCCUCGCCUGGAGAGCCGCCUACCACGACGGGCUCUGGGACUCCGGUGAGAAAGACAACGCCAAGGACGCGCAGACCAAGGAAGACAUUCGGGCGGAGCUUGAGUCCGAGGAUAAACGGAUGUCGCCUUGCACGACCCUGCUUCUGGCUGCGUUUGCCGGUAGCUCGAUUACGCGGGAGUGCUCCCGACGGGCUUUCCUUGCCAAGGGCCGCAGUAUGCAGGCCAGCGAUUUGACGGAUGAGGUCCACGAGAGCUUCCUCAAGCUGAUUGGUGAGCCCGAAGCGUCCAAAAUGCACCUGUAGAGUAUGUCUCUGCUAGGGUCAGUAUCCAAGAGGCUGUAAUAUUAGUCGGCAGCUUGCGGUUGGGGAGCUGUGCUAGGUCAUGGCAUAAUGAAAUUCACUCCCAAUGGAGUCUUGGCACGUAUCCUGUCUAUUAAUACAUGGAUUCUCCCU